AUGAGAACAAUUGAUUUUAAACCAAAUGAAGAAAAUAUCAAAUUAAGAAGAAAUAUAGUGCCAUUUAAUACCAAUGAUACUAAAAUGAACAUUGAACCAAUAUCAUUUAAGCUUUAUUCAGUGGAAAAAGAGAUUAUUCACAAAUCAAAUGAGAAGUUUGAUGUCGAUCAAAGAUAUAUAGAAACUUCAUUUGAUUUAAAAAAUGCUUAUCAUGUAAUAAAGGUAACUAAUAUUCCAAUAUCAGUUGAUAGACCUAGAUUUGAGGGAAUAGUAACAGAUAAUUGUAAAGGUAUAAAGUAUAUUUCAUCAAAUAUAGCAUUUGAUAAAACAACAAACAAAUCAAGAGGAAUUGGUUUUAUUGAAUGUUCAACUUCUGAUGAUGCUAAAGAAAUAGCUAAAGAGUUAAGAAAGGUUGUAAUUGAUUCAAUGAAAUUGAAUGCUGAGAUUCUUAAAAAAUAA